UAGAUGCGAUUUGCAGAAUCAACUUUAGCUUCCGUUAAAUGCGUUUUGUCCUUUCCUGGCACCCGUAGAAAAGACGAGGAAUGUGAUGAUGUAAUAUGUGUGUGACUGGUGAAGUCCGCCUGUAGUCCACUCUCCCGCUUCUCCUUCAGGAUGGGGACCCAGGUUAAAGACGUGAUCAUUAAACCUGAUGCUCCAAACACGCUCCUCCUAGACAAGCAUGCAGACUAUAUUGCAGCCUAUGGCUCCAAGAAGGAUGACUAUGAGUACACGCUGUCAGAGUACUUGAGAAUGAGUGGCAUCUACUGGGGUCUGACAGUGAUGGACCUCAUGGGUCAGCUGUCUCGAAUGAACCGCGAGGAGAUCAUAGAGUUCAUCAAGUCCUGCCAGCAUGACUGUGGAGGCAUCAGCGCCAGCAUCAGCCACGACCCUCAUCUCCUCUACACCCUCAGUGCUGUACAGAUCCUUUCGUUGUAUGAUAGCAUUAAUGUCAUUGAUGUGGACAAAGUGGUGGACUAUGUUAAAGGACUGCAGCAGGAGGACGGCUCAUUCGCAGGAGACAAAUGGGGAGAAAUAGAUACACGGUUUUCCUUUUGUGCGGUUGCGACGUUGGCACUACUGGGCAAGUUGGAUGAGAUCAACAUGGACAAGGCUGUUGAGUUUGUGCUGUCCUGUAUGAACUUUGAUGGAGGGUUUGGUUGUAGGCCUGGUUCAGAGUCCCAUGCUGGUCAGAUUUACUGCUGCACAGGUUUCUUGUCAAUCACUGGGCAGCUUCAUCAAGUAAAUGCAGAUCUGUUGGGUUGGUGGCUCUGUGAAAGGCAGUUACCAUCAGGAGGCUUGAAUGGGAGACCAGAGAAGCUGCCUGAUGUCUGCUAUUCCUGGUGGGUUCUUGCCUCUUUGAAGAUCAUUGGCAGAAUUCACUGGAUUGACAAAGCAAAACUGCGCAGUUUCAUUCUUGCUUGCCAGGAUGAAGAGACUGGAGGCUUCGCUGACAGGCCUGGAGACAUGGUGGAUCCUUUCCACACUCUGUUUGGUGUGGCUGGUCUGUCUUUGCUGGGAGAUGAGCAGAUCAAAUCAGUGAACCCUGUGUUUUGCAUGCCUGAGGAUGUGCUUCAGAGGAUUGGCCUCCAACCAGACUUGCUGAGCUGAGUUGAAAUUUUCAGCAUGGCCAUUUUCCUCUUCUCCUACCCCUGCACAGCCAGCCGUUUCGAAACGGGCAAACCAGCAAACCGUGGAAAGCUGUCAUCUUCAACUAACGAUCAGUGCACCGUUUAGAGGGACCAAGGACUUUAGAAAGCCCCUUAACAUUGUGUGCUUUUUUCGGAGAAUUGUUCUCAUCAUUGUGUAGGCACAGUAUUACAAUGCUUACUUUUGUUAGUGGGCUUUGUCUAUUUAAAGAUGCGGUUCAAAGAGGGAUAUCUGCUAUUUACAGCUUUCACUGUGUAUUAAAAUGUAACUUUAUUUAUAUGAGUAAUUCAGCAGGUCACUUUUUGGUGUCAACCAAAAGUGUUUAUUCAAUGAGGGGAGAUGUAUCGCUCACUCAUCUGAUGGCUUUUCAAAAGCGAGUAUGCGAGACUAAUAAAUGUACGUUACAUCAGACUUUAAGCACCAUAAACAUGGAUUUCAUGCAUGA